AAGAAGAGGAUGCUGAGUAUAGAGAUAUUGUCCUCCCUAGAGCCAGCACUCUUCCAGGCAUGGCUUAUGGAUGAUACCUUCUGCAAAAGGCCCUUCCUAAAUGCCACCUGAGUCUAAUCUUCCUCCAAGAACUUGGUGCAUUCAUGAUCAUUCGAUAAGGGUCCAUUUAGUACGUUCCAAUUAUCCAUGGAGAAGGAGUGUGACUGGACUGGGAUCAAAUUCAGUCCUGAUGGGAAGACGAUUCUCACGUCUACAAAUGGAUCAGUUAUCAGACUUGUGGAUGCUUUCCAGGGAACGGCGCUCAAAACCUUUGCCGGACAUCUGAACAACAAAGGCAUUCCCUUAGAGGCGUCCUUUAGCCCCGAUUCACAGUUUAUUUUCAGUGGGUCGACUGAUGGUAGAGUCCAUGUGUGGAAUGCGGAAACAGGCUACAAGGUUUGUGUGCUGAAUGCUGACCAUACUGGGCCUGUUCAGUGUGUUCAGUUCAACCCUAAAUACAUGAUGUUGGCGUCAGGAUGCACAAACAUGGCCUUCUGGUUACCAUCCCUAGACGACAUGUGAAGAGACAAGCAUGAAUGCUAGGAAAGACCCGUGAGAUGAAGUGAAAGAGGAAACAUGAGUUCAUCAGUUCAUCAAUGUUCUUUUGAUGUAUAACUUUCAAGUCAAAUGAACCAAAGAUUGAAAAAGAAGACAGAAGAAAGAAAGAAAGAAAGAAAGAAAGAGAAAGAAAGAAGAAAGAAAGAAAGAAAGAAAGAAAGAAAAAGAAGAGAGGAAAAAUAUGUUCACUUUGUCAGCUCUUAAGAAAACAAUGAAAAAGAAAAAAUAAGAGAAAGAGAAAGUCUGUGUUAAAGAUCUGAGACACUGUAUUUUGGGUCCAAUUCUUAGAGCUGUAUGUAACUAAGGCUUUGAAAAGAAAGCCAUAAUUCUGUUAUUGUUUUUUAUUAUUUUUUCCUUUUUUAUUAAUGCUGUCUAAGUGAGAGGAAAUGUUCAACUGAGUUGGAUCUUAAAAGAAAUUCUGUUCUCAAAUUUAGACUAUUUUGAGAACUUGACCAGAAAAUGCAGAUUUUUUGUGUGUGUGAUCCCUAUUACAUGUCAGCCUUGCUUGAGCAUACCUCAGUAUGAUAUGUAUUGACAAAUUUACACAGUAGUUUUUCUUUGUGAUGAUAGUGGUUUUAUGAUGGCGAAUAGACGACACCAUCGGAUGUGGUUAUUUGUAAUGAUGUUUUACUGAAACAAUAAAAAGAGAGACAGCAAAUUGAUGAAAGGAAGUGGAAGUUAUACAUUGAUUUCAUAUUAUGAGUUCAGGUGUUAUCAAAGUUAUUUGUAUCAUGUAAAGCAGUCAUUAAGAAAAUGUAGCAUGAUAAAAGCUAGCUUCUUACUGUUAAGAUUAUAAUUAACUUUGAUGAAAUUCCUGUAACAGUAACUGAAACUCUACCUUUUUUUUCUUUUCUUUUCUUUUUAUCUGGAACUAAACAAUUUGUUAAAAUUGAUUUUAGUAAAAGACCUCAAGAAAUCAUUUUAGUUCUUAAUUGGUGUCUCGCAUGUGAUUUUCUCCAGGCAGAGGUAUUUUCAGGAGGCAUAUUUGUUUUGUACAGUUUGUACAGUUUUAUUGUAUGCUCACAAUGAGAAUUCUAGUUUUAUAUGGAAAGAACUUUUAAACCAAUGAUUAUGUAAGAGCAAUCUACUAUUGAAUGAUGAUUAUAGGUAUUCAUUUCAGAUUUAACACAUGCCCUUUUUCAUGUAUAAUCAAAUGUGAAUUUAGUCAUGGAGAUAAUGUCACCUCUUGCUUCUUUUAUUUCUUUAUUUUUCUGUUUUCUUUAUCAGUCAGCAUAGAUUUAAAUUCAGGACAAGAAACAAGUAGAUGUAGCAGGUGGCUGCUGAAAAUAACGCUGUGGAAUCUAGUAAGGAAACUGUGUUCAGUUUUGUAUGCCAGUGGGUAUCUGCUAAAUCUUAAAAAGGAUACAGUAGACUUUUUGUUUUUCUUUCACACGCCCAUGCUCAUGCACACACAAAUGCUCACUCCACAUGUACCUACAUACAUCUAAACAUGCUUUCUUAGCAUCCACAGGCACAUACAUAUUCACUUACACACAUGCAACAACACACAGGAACAUGCCCAGAGAUCCAUUUACAUACAUGCAUUCCCAUUUCCACGCCAACACACACCCACACCCAUGCUCCCUCUCUUUUCCUCGCUCCAAACCAAGCACAAGCAUAACCACAUCCACCCGCUCACUCUCAUUCUUAAUGUUCAUACUCAUAGACUUGCACUCACUCUCACACAGACACUUAUACAUAUUUGUUGUCUUUACCUUUGACUCUCUCCUCUGCAUGUUGAGGUCCUAACAGAAGUAUUCCCCCCAACGAUCAGUCAUUAUUUUGGUGCAAAGUGUAUUAUAGAAAAGUUUAGUCAUGCAAGAACUUGCCCUCUGUACCUUGGAAUUUUUUUAUUUUUUUAUUUUUUCAUUUUUUUUAAUGCUCUGAAUUGGAAUAAAUGUGUGAAGGUUUGAUACCUUCCUGUUAUUUUUAUGUAGACAGUGUGUGUCUCAAUGAAAACAUUUCCCCUUUUGGAUCAUGUUGAUGUUUAUAGGUAAUGAUGCAACUUCAACAAGCAUUCCAGGUACAUUGUGGAGGGCUGUCUUUUCUUUUUUCAAGUGAUUUCCUCAUUAUCUUUUUUAUUUUGAAAGUUGCUCCUUUAAGGUGUGUUCAUUUUUGGAACAUGGAAGCGGGAGAAACUUUUAUAUUUAAGCAUUGAAGUGUAAUAAAGGAGCAGCUUUACUUUUCUGUAGCGAUUAUGUUUGGUGUUCAGUCACUAACAUUUCUUUAAAUAUCUUUGUGAUUCUCAACACUUGCUUUUUUUUUUUUUUUUUUUUUUUUGUAAAAUAUCUUUGGAAGAUUAAAAAAAACAAACAUGAAAAAAUAUAGAGAAAUGGAUGAGCAUUGGAGGAAAAUCAUUACUUCACAUAAAAAAGAAUGUUGUGCUUCGAAAUUGUGCAAACUGAGGAUGUGUACCCACCGAUUUCUAAUGUGAUACUAAAAGCAAAUUUUCCUAGAAAAUUAUUGAGAAAAGAAAAAAAUAACUCUCCAAAUGCUCCUGUUUAGUUACCUUGCACUUUGUCAUUAGGACUUAAAUAGUCAGUAGAAUAUGAACUUUUUUUUUUUCAAUUGUCAUUACUUUUUAAAUUUUUUUAACAAAUUUUUACUUUUUAUUUUAUUUCAUUUUUUUACAUAGAAGAAAAAGAAACUUUUGUAGAUUUAAAUCAGACAUCUCUAUCUCAGCAAUAGCUAGAAUAAGAUUUAGUGGACAAAUUGAAUACAUAAUCUCAGGUCUCGCUGGUGUUGUACGAUGCAGUUUUUAAAUGUUUUAUUUUGACCGAUGAACCUUACACAGAGUAGAACGCUCUGGUAUUACUACUUCAGAAAAGUGAAUUCUCUUCCUCAGACGGUAGUUAUCGUAACCCGGUUAAGCUCCUGUUAUAUUUAUGCUUUCAUAAUACAAUGGAUUGUAUGUAAGUAAUUUGAAGUUUUAUGUCUACCUAAAUGAAAUAAUUUGAAGAAGGGAGUGAAAAAUGGUGAAGCUUUGUACUGCAAUACAACGUUAUUGGUGGAAAAUUUUAGAGUUGACUGUGUUUCCUCUUACUGACUCUCGCAUAAUAAAAAAAAAAAAGUUAUAGCAUUCUGCGGGAAGAAAUGAAUUCUGAAUGGGUCAGAUUGAAUAAUGGUUAGUAUAUCUAAUGGAAGAAUUUUGGAGGAAAUACAAAAAGUCAGCCAAAAUACAUGGUUUCGUUAUCUCCAAAUGAUGGUUAUCAGGAGGAGGAGAGUCUUUGAAAAUGGCAUGCCUACAAGCUCUUUUAUAAAUACAGAUACAAUUAUGCCAUUUCUCAGGCAGUGUCAACUGGAAGACAGUCCACAGUUAUGUCUCAUUAUAUUUCUUUGGAUGAGUUACAGAAAAGGUUGGAAAAUCAGUUUAUUUUGGAAAAUGAAUGUGUAGUGAAAGAGAUGCUAAAGGAACAUGUAAGUUGAUCUCAUGUAUUUAGAUUUAUUUUAAGUGUCGGUGAUAGUUCUGCAACGCCUUUACUUGACCUUUUCUUUAGUUGUCCUUUGUGAAUGAAGAAAUUAAAGGUUGGGAAUGUGGUUCCUGAAUUUCUCCUAAUUUUUUUAGGAUUUUUUUUUUUUCUAUCCGACCAAAAAACAAAAGGGGCUUUGUAGUUGGAACCCUCAUUUGUAGACAUUGUAAAAUAUUUCCAGACUUGUAGAUAUUAGUGUUAACUUAUGCUAUUUUGAGUAAUUUUUUUUACUUAUUUUUUACGUGAAAGGAUACUGAGGCAUUUAUUCCUAUAGACAGACACAGUUGUUGAUGUGCUAGAUGCAGUGUCAAAACUAAUGAUUAUGAAGGAAACUGUGUAUGGAAGAAAGAAACAGCUAAAAUAAGGUAAUUUACCAACAUCAUUUUAGUAAAGUGUUUCAGUAUUAUGGUUCAUGUAAUUUUUAAAAUUUGUUUGGUACAAUUUACUGUAUAAUAUGAUAAUUAAAAUUGUCUUUUACAUAAUUAAA